GGACGUCGCUCCUCGGCACCGACAGGCGCCUCUACGAAUCACCUCGCCGCAGGAUGUUUACACCUGGGAAUCUGGGAAUCGCGAAAGAGGUAAUGACCGCCGAGGACUCUAGGAUGAGCGUCCGUGACGACGCGACCAACGAGCCGACGGCGAGGCGGUGAACCGAGUGCGACAGAGUGCCUGGCCCCGGCGAGAUCGGCGCCGAUCAACGCUGCCGUCGUCAAUUUACAUUCCGGCCAAUCCCCCUCCCGUUUCGACCGAAUGCCGAACCGCCGUCUACCCCGUACGUUCGAGCCCCGUGAAUAAAUUAUGAGCGUGGACAGCGAGAACAAGUCGAGCGAGGCGCGAACGAUCGCGCCGUACAGCGCGGAGAACGGCACCGACGCUGGUGUCGAGGGUGCUCCGAUCUGGACGCCAGAGAUGGUGCUCCGGUUGCCCACCAUUACGGACAAAUAUCUCUGCUCUCCCGAAGCCAAUGUCUACGACAUAGACUUCACGAGAUUCCAGAUUAGGGAUCUAGAAACUGGCGCCGUACUGUUCGAGAUAACGAAGCCUCCUGCCAGCGAAUGCGACGUUCAUCAAGAUCCAGAGCCAGAUUGCGAAGAACUCGGAUCUGAGGACGCGAACACGGGUCGCUUCGUGCGGUAUCAAUUCACGCCGCAAUUUUUGAAGUUGAAGACGGUCGGGGCGACCAUCGAAUUUCUAGUCGGGCCUAAGCCGAUCAAUAACUUCCGGAUGAUAGAGCGGCACUUUUUCCGAGACAGGUUGCUGAAGACCUUCGACUUUCAAUUCGGAUUUUGCAUACCGAACAGCAAGAACACGUGCGAACACAUCUACGAGUUUCCAACGUUGCCUGCGGAUCUAGUGUCCGAAAUGAUCGCCAGCCCAUUCGAGACGCGAUCCGAUUCAUUUUAUUUCGUCGACAAUCAGCUUGUGAUGCACAAUAAGGCCGACUACGCAUACAACGGUGGGCAUACAACGCACGACGUAUUGUAAUGUGCGGUUUGUUGAUUAGUAUUAUUGCAAGUGAUAUAUAGAAUUAUAAAAGUAUAUCACAGUUACGUGUUACAGCGACGAUGAGGCGAUCGGUUUGCACAUUCGGCUAGCGUUUGACGUUUUCGUCUUUUGGCACAAAAGAAAACAAAACGAGCUUAAAAAUUUUGCGGAUCAUCAUUGGUCCCUGAACACGCUAAGUGCUGUUGCAAUGGAGACGCUUUGAUCUAAGGCUACACUUGAUUUGUUGAUAAAUUGAAGACACAUAGUUCCUAUUUUUCUUUAGUAUAAAGGAAACGACGUUUUAUUUAUAAAUUAUUAUCGAAUCAGAGUGAUAUUUAGUUUUAUAGAAUGCGCUUCGACGGCGUCUGUCCUCGCACGAUGCGUCCGCCGGCGGCGAGUAUCGCUCGUUCAAGCACAUGUAGCGCACUGACACACGUGGCCUCCGAGUGGAAUUACAUCUGGUUCCACGAGCUUUCUUAAUCUUUCAAGUAUACAGCCUACGCGGCAACAUGUGCGACGGAGGGAAAACUGAUUUAGGUAUCGCGUUCUUCGACGCUCAACGGCGCUUUUCUGCCGCAAUUAUACAACUUGCAGUCUCUUUGUUCACUCUUUACACGACUAUUGUUUGAAUACUUUUCACAUUCUGCAAUAUUGUGGAGUUGAUCUAAAAUACACCAAUAUAUUUACAAAGGA